GAUAACCACCACCUACUUAGUUGUUCUAAGCCUAAAAUACGAAUUAACCGUAAAUAUUAAAAUGAAUAUAAAUAAUAUCCACUAGAUUUGUGAAGUAUUUGGUUGAUGAUUAAACAGCUUCAUCUAAAAAAUUUUCAACUUUUAGAAGUUUUGUUCAAUUUGUAGUAUCUAUAUUUUUCUAAUUACUAUUAUAUAUAAUGAAACAGUGUAUUAAUCCUCAACUUGAAAAGUGUAGAAAAUUAGUUCGCACUCAUCUUGACUUGCAAUUAUUUUCUGCAGCAUUAUUUUGGGCAGAUAAAGCAGCCACAUUAAGUCAUUCAGACCCAAAAGAUGUUUACCAGUUGUCAAGUUGUAUGUUUUUAUUGAAACAAUAUCAAAGAGCAGUUGUAUUGAUUAAAAACAAAGGACUUGAUAAAACUGAUAUGCUGUGUUAUUAUAUGGUAUUGAGAUGUUUAGUGGAAGCUAAGGAUUAUACAGAAGCAGCUAACAUUAUUAAUUCAGAAAUGAAUCCAACAUCAUGUAAUGUUUCUCUACAACAACAAGAUAUGAAAUCUCAUGAUAGUCUCACAUAUUUCAAUGUUCAAAGUGCUCUAUUUUGUAUAAAAGGAAAAAUUUAUGAAGCUUUAGAUAACAGAAACUUUGCAACAGACUGUUACAAAGAAGCAUUAAAAAAUGAUGUCCAUUGUUAUGAAGCUUUUCAGGCACUAAUCCAGCAUCAAAUGUUAACGUCUACUGAAGAGAAUUAUUUAAUACAAUCGUUACCAUGGGGCAACUAUCCUAAUGAUUGUAUCACAAAACCUAUGUAUGAAGUUCUUUUAAAAAAAUAUCAAGAACCCAAAUUGACUGGUCCCUUUUCUCAAUUUGAUAUACCAGUGGAAUUAAUGAUGGAUAAUCUUGAUAUACAAAUGGCAGAAGCUGAACGACAUUAUUAUGCCUGUGCCUAUAAAGAUUGCUUUCAAAUUACUGAAAGUGUUUUAAAGCAAGAUCCCUAUCAUCCAGAAUGUUUACCAAUACAUGUAGCAUGUUUAGUUGAGUUAGAAAAAUCAAACAAUCUCUUUUACUUAGCACAUAAUUUAGUGGAUUUACAACCAGAUCAAGCAAUAUCAUGGUUUGCUGUUGGUUGUUACUAUUAUUUAAUUGGUAAAAGAGAUCAAGGUAGACGAUAUCUUGGUAAAGCUACAAAUCUGGAUAACACUUUUGGACCAGCCUGGUUAGCAUAUGGCCAUUCUUUUGCUGUUGAAAAUGAACACGAUCAGGCUAUGGCUGCAUACUUUAAAGCAUCUCAACUCUUAAAAGGCUGUCAUUUACCACUCCUUUAUAUUGGUUUGGAAUGUUCACUAACAAAUAAUAUUAUGAUGGCUCAAAAGUACUUAAAAGAGGCUCUGGACAUUGCUCCAAAUGAUCCAUUUGUUUUACAUGAGUUAGGUGUCAUUGCAUUUCAAAGUCAUAGGUAUAAAGAAGCUGAAACCAGAUUUUUGGAAGCACUAGAAAGAAUAAAACAAAUAAAACAACCAAUAAUUUCUGGAAAAUGGGAAGCAUUGUAUAAUAAUUUGGGUCAUGUUUAUAGGAAACUUCAAAAUUACUCAAAAGCUUUGGAAUAUCAUAAACAAGCUUUAGUAAUAUCACCAAUGAACACAUCUACUUUGACAUGCAUUGGAUUUGUUCAAGCAUUAAGUAAAAAUUAUACUGAUGCUGUAGACACAUUUCAUAAAGCCUUGGGACAAAAGAGAGAUGAUACAUUUAGUAGUACAAUGUUAACUUGUGUACUAGAAAUGUGUAUUGAAGAACCACCAGUAAUAACGGAACAAGCAGAUGAAAAGAUGACAGAAGGAAUAAAAAUAAAUGAAUUAGAUAAAUCAUUUCAAUUGAACGACGAUAAUGAUUUAAUUCUGCCAUUCAGAAAUUCAAAAUUUAGACUUUGGAAUAGAAGGUUAAAAAAGAAGCUGGAAGAUUCAGAUUUAAAUACUCCAAUGGAUGAUGAUGAUAGUAAUGCUAUGGCUGUUGAUUCUAGUAUAGUUGGAGAUGAAUCUAGUUAUAAUAUGGACAUGUCAACAAACAUGUCUACUAAUUCAGAUAGUUUUAAGUAAUUUUAUAAUCACUUAUAUUAACUUUUUUUUUUUACUUAUGUCAAAUCAUAAAUAAGGAUAAAUGUAAUUUUGGAAAAAUAUAUUUUAAGACUUAUUUUUUUAUUGUUACACAAAUUGUUAAAAUACAUUGUUAUUUCUAAAACACUGUAUUUGGAAUAAACACCUUAAUAUUUCUCUACUAUUCCUAUUUUGAACAAUUUAAUUUUUCUGUAA